AUGUCGACUUCUGACCAUCCAGAUGGCCAGACGGAGCGCGUCAACCGCGUCCUCGAAGAGAUACUUCAAGGGUACGUCCACUCGUUUACGAGUUGGAUUGAGUUCUUGCCGAUGGAGGAAUUCGCCAUCAACAACUCGGUGCAUGCGUCUACAGAGCAUACACCGUUCUUCGUGAAUGGCCUACGCGAUACACGUUUACCCGCCUUCAUAGAGUGUGACUAUAGUUUAGGGGGGCGUGUGGACUCGCUCAAUCAAAACCCGAUCUGGUUCUCGCUCAUCACCCGUUAA